AGAACAAUAUCGAUCCUCUGGAAAUCAGUCUACAACCGAGUAUAAAUACUGUGUUGUAUCGUACAUUCAUCACAGUUCAGCUUAGUACUUCCAGGAGACUCGAAUCCAGGUCUGCAAUCAUGAAGCUCGUCAUCCUUUUCGCCUUAUUUGCUCUGGCUAUCGCCCAGGACAGUUAUCCCACCAAGUACGACAACAUCGACGUGGAUGAGAUCCUUAGCUCGGAUCGUCUCUUCAAGAACUAUUUCAACUGCCUGAUGGAAGCCGGUCCUUGCACUCCGGAAGGAAACGAGCUGAAGAAUUACCUACCGGAUGCCAUUGCAACGGGAUGUUCCAAGUGUAACGAGAAGCAACGCGAGGUGACGGCCAAGGUGGCCAAGUUCCUGAUUGAACAGCGUCCGAAUGAGUGGACUUCUCUACGAGGAAAGUACGAUCCUGAUAACACGUUCGCCGAGAAAUACAAGGAUGAAGCUGCCAAGUUCGGAAUCAAACUGUGAGGUGUGAAUCAGCAGUACAAUUUGACACUUUAUGCAUGAUGCAUUUUAAAGACAAUAACCAAUGAAAUCAGCCUUCUAUAACAUCAUAAGUAAUCGUGAAUCUAUAUCCUUGAAUACAUGUGUUUGUUCAAAAGACAUACGGUGAUAUUUAUUUGCAUCCGA